AUGGAUUACCCUUUCUAUGAUCCUCGAUCACAGCCCAGCUUCUCGCUCUAUGGGUUGCCUACCCCCGACCAACCCCAUGCGCAACCAGACACAUUCGCCCCUCUGAACUUCCCUGACUAUAACCCAUCAUUCCCCGACCCCUCCUUUGUUCCGCCACCCCAUUCACCGCCAGAAUCCGUCAAGCAUUCUGCUUCGAGCAGUGAUGCCAAUCAGCAUACACACCUCACCUCAUUCGAUGAUGAAACCCAAUUCGCAGACCCAACCUUAGGAAGGAGCAGCAGCGAGGAAAAGGAAUCAGCGCCCGCACAAAGCAAGCGCAAGGCCCAAAACCGAGCAGCUCAACGAGCAUUUCGAGAGCGCAAGGAACAGCAUGUCCGCGACCUCGAAGACAAAGUAAACACCCUCGAACAAGCAUCCAACACCUUACAAGUCGACAACGAGCGUCUCAAGCGCGAACUAGCCCGCUACACAACCGAGAAUGAAAUCCUGCGCGCGACAUCACAAGCCAACCGCGGACAGGUCGCAAACGAGAACCCGGAACCAACAGUCACAGGUCCAAUGAAGUACUCCCCCACAGACUUUUACACCACCUUCAUGCCGAACGGCCCCGGCACGCCUCGAAGCCCGCACCACCGUCUGACCGUGUGUCCGAUUACCGGCGAGAGAUUGCUAGAUGCGGGUGCGACGUGGGACCUUAUUCAGAAACAUGAGCUGUUUGAGCGCGGCCAGCUUGAUAUUGGUGAUAUUACGGAGCGGUUGAAGGGGAUGUCACAGUGUGAUGGACAAGGACCUGCUUUUAAAGAAGGUCAGGUUCGCCGGGCUAUUGAGGAGAGUGUGGCUGUUGGUCGUGAUGAGUUUAUUUGA